GAAAAAUGAAGAAAUAUAUGACAAUUGACAACCUCCAAACUCGGGGAGUUUGAAGCUGCAAGAAUGUCCACGACGCCACAAACCCUUUUGUGCGGAUAGCAACGCCGACACGUAGUCACUCUCCUCUUGAAUUCGCACUGCCACUCUACUUAUUCCGAUCGAAUCAAGCAAAGUUUGCCAUAAUGAAGCUCAAUUAGUGAUAAUCCUCAGGCAUGCGGUGGCUGUUGCGGAGGUGUGGCCAAUCGGCGGUGUUCGGGAAUGGAUCGAGCAAUUCGUUUUCUCCGUCCAGGUUAGGGUUUAGCGAGGUGAGGAGGAGUUUGGUGACGAGCUGUAGAGCAGUCUUGCUGCAGCGGUUCGGGGGGCCGGAGGUGCUUGAGCUCAGGGACGAUGUCGGCAUACCUGAUCUCAAGCCUAAUGAGGUCCUCGUGCGAGCUCGGGCCGUCUCGGUCAAUCCGUUGGACUGCAGGAUGCGCGAAGGAUAUGGUCGUUCACUGUUCGAACCACUUUUGCCAUUAAUAUUAGGCCGUGAUGUUAGUGGUGAAGUUGCAGCUGUUGGAAGUACUGUGCGUUCUCUCAGCAUUGGCCAAGAAGUAUUUGGUGCAUUGCAUCCUACUGCCGUGAGGGGUACUUAUGUGGACUAUGCAAUUCUCGCGGAAGAUGAACUUGUUCGAAAGCCAGAAUCAAUUUCGCACGUGCAUCAUAUAUCAACAUCUGCAAUAGAAGUAGUGCAGAACUCUCAUGCUUCUCCCAGGCUGCCUUACAUUUUUUCUUCCUUCAUAUGGAUGCACUUUGCACUUGUGUUCCAAGAUGAAGCAAGUGCUAUCCCGUUUGCUGCCUUGACUGCUUGGCGUGCUCUAAGAAGCACAGCAGAUAUAAAAGAGGGGUAUGUUGUUAUGCUAAUCAUAUGUGAUUAUAUCUCUUCAUUAGAUCUUCAAUUCUUCAUCACAAAUUGCACAUCUUUUAAGCCGAAGGGAAGGGCAUUUUUACUAACUAGUGGCUCCAAGAAUGGGAACAAAACUCUUGAUAGACAAAGAGUGUUGGUGUUGGGUGGAGGUGGAGCUGUAGGCUUUUCAGCAAUUCAGCUUGCUGUUGCCUAUGGAUGCCAUGUCUGUACAACCUGUGGAAGUGAAAGUAUUAGCCGUAUGUUAGAAGCUGGUGCCGAGCAGGCUGUUGAUUAUGCAAUUGAGAAUUAUGAAGUAUCCCUUAAAGGAUACUUUGAUGCCGUGUUAGACACAAUUGGGGUACCCGAGACUGAGAGAAUAGGUGUCAAUGUCUUGAAGAGAGGUGGGCAUUACAUGACAUUGCAGGGAGAAUCUGCAUCCUUGACCGAUAAGUACGGUCUCAUGAUCGGCCUUCCCAUGUCAACUGCAAUUUUACUCAAGAAGCAAAUGCAGUAUCGAUAUUCUCAUGGAAUAGAAUAUCAUUGGACUUACAUGCGGUCAGACGAUGAAGGUUUAGAAGAAAUUCGCCGGCUGUCUGAGGCCGGGAAGCUGAAAGUUCCAGUCGAGAAGACUUUUCCCAUUGCACAGGUUAGAGAGGCCCACGAGGCCAAGGAUAAGAGACUCAUUUUCGGUAAAGUUGUUCUAGAACUUGAUUAAACUUUUAUAUACCUAAAUUUGAAUUUUAUCGUAAAAAAAAUGUGAUGCUCGAGCAUCUCAAUGGUGAAUUUGUGGAAAUCAUCGGCCCACAAGACUUGUAAUGGUCAGUGUGUACAUUCUUAGAGCAACUUGAAUUUUUGUAGUUUUAGUUAUGUGUGAUUUGGGGAAGAUAAUCUUUGCACUUAAAGUUAGACAAGUGAGUAGCAUCCUUUGUGACCACAACUUUUGAAUCUGUUGAUGAGAAUUUGUCUAUUUCGUUUUCCUUGAUGUUUAAUAAUAGGAGGGCAUCCAAUGGUUUUAUGUUAUAAACUUUUUUGGUCAUUUGAAAUAUGAUUUUGUGUAGUUGGUACUUGGUUGUAAGAACUAAUUAGUAAUGGAUAUCAAUCUGAAUUUGUUGACGAGUCAGA